ACCCACCUGAACUUCUAGUCCCAUUUCAGCUGCAACUGUUGUUAGCCAAAAUAUGUCAAAGGUAAAUGUAAGGCGACCUGUUCUUGAGAGGAACAGAAAUCUCAAUGGGAAGGAGAAGCCAAUAACGCAAAGCUUCUUAUCUAAACAUCUCAAUAGGGUCUACCCACUUGCACUUCAGAGGACCAACUCAUCUCAAUCACUUCCUUUGUUAUCUUUGUCACAGAAUUCUAAUGAUUCAUCAAUAGGUGAAGAAGCUAUUCCUCGGGUGGUGGAUCGAAAGGCUUUGGUGUCUCCUCGCGGACUUGGGUCUCCUGGAAGAACAGAAACCAAACUGAUCACUAGUGUUGAACAGGAUAGCCAGGAUUCUAAUGGUGUCACUGCUAUUCCUCGGACGAUUAUGGUUCCACUUCGUGGGCUUGGACUUCCUGAUAGAAUGGAAAUCACACUUCCUAAAAUUGAACAGGAUAGUCCAGAUUCUAAUGGUGUUACCUUGAAGAGAUGCCAUUGGAUCACAAAUAGUAGUGAUCAGGUAUAUGUCCACUUCCAUGAUGAGUGUUGGGGAGUGCCAGUUUACCAUGACAAUCAACUGUUCGAACUUCUAGCGAUGUCGGGAAUGUUGAUGGAUUACAGUUGGUCUGAAACACUGAAAAGGAAGGAGCUCUUGAGAGAAUGUUUUGCCCAAUUCAAUCCUAACAAAGUUGCCAAGAUGAGUGAGAAAGAGAUUAUGGAGAUUGGAUCCAAUAAGACACUAAUGUUGGCAGAGAGCAGGGUGAGGUGCAUAGUAGACAAUGCCAAAUGCAUAGUAAAGAUUGUGGAAGAAUAUGGAUCAUUCAGUAACUAUGUUUGGGGUUUUAUGGACUAUAAACCAAUGAUAAGCAAAUACAGAUACCCAAGGAAUGUUCCUCUGAGGACCCCAAAAGCAGAGAGCAUCAGCAGAGAUCUGAUAAAAAGAGGAUUUCGGUUCGUGGGACCAGUGAUAGUAUACUCAUUUAUGCAAGCUGCAGGGAUGACAAUUGAUCACCUCAUUGACUGUUUUAGGUACAGUGAAUGUGUGAGCAUAGUAGAGAGACCAUGGAGACAUGGCUAGCAAGAAUUAUUUAUUUUAUUUAAACAGGGUUUUUAAAUUUUUUGAGUGUUCUGAUUUCCUGUGGAGCACAGAAUGAAUUUAUUAUAUCAAUUAGGAUUGCAAUAAGGUGGCUGACUUUUUUUUUUUUUUUUUUGGGUUUCAUUGAAGUAGAGGUUGUUUUGGAGUAAGGUCUAGUCCCCUCCACUUGGAUGUAAUCUUAUUUUCUAUUUCCUUUGUAUCAAUAAGAAUCUUUCCUUGAUUUCAGAAAA